GUGGACCGACGGCUGGUCGCGCUUCGGCGGCGCAGACCGACUCAUAGGAUUCAACAGAGAAAUACUUUUCCGACCAUAAUAGCUGGCAACGACGGUUACAUUGACGAGUUGCGAUUUGGACGAAAAGACUGGAGGUGUUUCGUCUGUGUGACCACAAUGGAUUCCCUCUUCGUAUUGAAUAUAUUUUCCAUUUUUAUAGUAUGACGGUGAUCAGUGCGGUGAAAUGUGACUUCAAUUGAUUUAAAAACAACCAAAUGUUGGUACAAAUUGAUAUUAUACUUUUGGCAGUGUUUGUUUAACUGGUUGUCAUUAGUGUCAAUGAUAAUAGUUUGUAGUAAGUAGCCAUUUCUGUAAAAUUCAACAAUAAUUUACAUAUUUAUUAUUGUCAAACAUUACAUCGCACUGCUUACUUUAAAUUAUUACUUAAUACUGGGAGGGAUAGUUUCAUGUUUUUCUUAUACAUUUACUUUUCGGAACAGAAGGUAAGACGAAAGACAUAUUCGAUGAAACCUUAAGUAGAUAAGUAUUUCUAGUAGUCGUUUCUAACACGGUAAUAUAUAUUAAUGACACUAGAUGUGUAGAAUCAUUUCCAGUUUAUUCUAAAAAGGUGAUGACUCGUCACGAUGGAAGGCACUUGGUGGCACUGGACAGCAGACGCUGACAGAAGGACGCGACUCGUUUCUUUGGUCUUGAACUAAGAACGACAACGGAGACUUUGGAUUUCUUUUUUCGAGACUGAAACAAGUUUUUUUUAUGCUUUAGCGUGUUAUUUGGCGUCUUUUAGUGUACGAUAGAACCUAUUCUGCAUCCUUCUAUCAUAACGAAAUGCAUGUUUUUUGCGCUAUUGAUGGAGAUACAAAGUAAUCUUAUAUUAAAUGUGUUAGUCACAUAUAUAAGUUAUCUUUUCAUCUGCAAAACUUCCGGAGAACUCCUGAGUAAAGGCUAGGAUGGGAAAUGAAGGUCAUUGAAAACAACUCUUAAGACCGAGACUGAAUGCAACAAACGAUUUAUAAUGAGGUAAGGUCUUCAUCAUGAGGGAUGCUGCACAUAACACUGAUAACACUCCUAUCGCUUUCCCUUACCAGGAACUUAUUACAUAUCCUUCUGGUGGUGGCGGUCACCAUGGCAGAGAAGCUACCGUGGAAUGGAAUUAGUGACACUCCAACACCUCCGUCAUCCCCGUCAGUGGGCACACAGGAAAGGGCGUCAUCAUACUCUUCAUACAUCGCCGAAGGUGCGGGGAUGUAUGGCCAGACCACCACGCAAACACCAUUUGUCAGCAGUUUCUAUGGUGUCCCUGUCGCCGCUCCUUCGACAACGACCCCCAGGCCAGUCACAUUUUCCAUGUCAUAUGGCCCAGCACCUACCACCAUGGUCCCAGCAACACCUCCAGAAUCCCUUCCUUACCCCUCCUACACGAGCAUCCCUCCUGACCUUGGCUUCACGUGCACAGGACGGCUGGAUGGGUAUUACGCCGACCCAGAGGCGCAAUGUCAGGUGUGGCACUGGUGCGUGCCAGGAGGAUACAUGUACUCCUUCCUGUGUCCAGUCCAGACGCUCUUCAACCAGGCCACAAGAACGUGUGACUGGUGGUACAAUGUGGACUGUCAGGCUGCGAUGUCAUUGUAUGGAAAUAAUGCUGAGCUUUAUAAAGUUUAAACUGGGGGUGUGGAGAAGUAUCUGUAUACAGCAGUUAAUAUUCUGUGAUAAUAGAGAACUAUCAGAGGAGUGCAAAUGAUGAUGGGUUGUUUACCAGUUUGGAUAUGCCCAACAUUUAGGUUUUUAGUACUACUAGUUAUUUACAGUUGACAUAUAUACUGUUGUC